AUGGCCACAUCAUCUACAGCUGAAGAUGGGAAAGAAACGGUUGUCAAGGAGAUUCCCCCAGCUUUGGACAAACUACUUCUCUUGAUGGUGAAAAACUUCUAUACACAAGAGCAGUUUCUCCUCGUUUACUACAUUAUGCGCGCGAUUUGCAUAAAAGAGGAAAAACUUCGUGAACGAGUUCAGUUUGAGCAUAAACAAAUGAGAGAGUGGUUGGCUCAAUUGAAGAGAGACAAAAUUAUACGAGAGCGCCUUAUCACUCAAAAAAACGAUAACAAUCGAAAUGACGGACUCUUUGGUAUGUUGGAGAUAUCUUUACUGGCUCGCUUUAACGAGCAAAUGCUGCCGAUGUUUACCGUUAUUCGUGAAUUGGCUGGCAUCCAAUUAGCACCUCAUCUUUGUGAGCCAGACAUCAAUAAAUAUAUUGAUGAUCCUGCAGUCCAGCAAUUACAACAACAACAGCAGGAACUCGACUUUUCAUCACAACCAACGCGUGCAUCUUUGGGUGGAGUGGCAUUCAAGCAAGAUGCUGUCAAUCUUGCAAAGAUGAUGACUAGCGAGCAAAUCACUGUUGAUCUGAAUGCUGGAACCAAUCAGGUUGAAGAAAAACAAAAAGAAAUGCCCGCUUGGCUGGCUCCGAUUGCAAUGGGAGAAGAGAUAAACAAUGUGGAAAUCUUUAACGAUAACCAAGAAAGUACUACGCUUCAUCUAUCAAUGUUGGCCGAGUUGGAAGGUGGAACAAAUGAGCCUGAAGAAACAAACGAAGAAAGCGCUGACCAAGGAGAAGCACUACCAGAGCAAGCAGAAGAACAAGAAUCGGAGGAGGAAGAAGAGACGCCUGAAGUCACAGUUCAAGGAGUAAAGUAUGCCUUCGACCAAGUGACUCCCGAUAUGAUUGAGCAAAUGACAGAAGCCGAACAGGAAACCUAUAACCAUGAAGUGUGGAAAUGCAAGGAUUCGACGAUCAUGUGUCCAGAAAAGUUCGGACUUUUCCUAAAAAGACGACCGGAAUUUCAAAGGACUUCAAAAAGUCUCGUCAAGGAAGUUCCGACACAGAGGAAAACGACACAAUUCAAGAGAGUCAACUCGAAAAGGCCAAGGGAAAUCUCGUCAAAGAAACCAGUUUCGAAAUUCCGUGAUAUUUAUGCCAAUGAGAAAAAGACCGAACGUAUAAGCAUUGACCCAAGAUUUGAUUCUCGUUAUGGUGAACUAAAUCAAGCGCAUUUCGAACGAAAUUAUACCCAUAUCCACGAGCUUCAGCUUUCCGAAAUAACAGCAAGAGAACAUGAAACGAAUGAAAGAAGGAAAUGCACCAGUCUUCAAAACUCGCGC